AUGGCAUCGACAUUUUGCGUCAGAUUUGUGGUGCGUUGGGCGGUUACGGCAUUAGCGUGGGUGAUCAUCUGCGAAGCAAACAGCCAGGCGCUGACUCCGACUAUCGUGCCCUCGUGUCCGUCGCAAUGUAUCUGCCUUUCACAAUCACAGGUAGUAUGCAACAGCGCUACGCUACGAGGAGUUCCAUCAGCGCUCAGCCCGAGCGUGACGCAACUAUCAUUGUCUCGUGCGGAUUUACGCGUUCUACGAUCGGAUGCCUUUGCCCAUUUGCGUCAACUUCGCCGAUUGUCUCUAGACGCCUGUAACCUCACACGUAUACGGCCUUUUGCAUUCCGAGGUUUACCACGUCUCAAUGAGCUAUAUAUACAACAUACACCUUUAUCGACAGUCGACGCAUUUGCAUUUGCAGCCCUCCAAAAUAUAUCUUCAAUUAUACUAACGCAUAACAGAAUCGCCCAGAUUGAAAGUUACGCGUUUGCUGGAACCAAUUUUAUAAAACUUAUUUCUUUAAGAAACAAUCCUAUUAAACGCAUUUUAUCCCAUGCAUUCUCUGGACUAAAUGACGUUACCCAGAUUGAACUUCCGUCCGGUAUAAGAUCCAUCGAAGCGCAAGCGUUCGCAGGAUUAGAAGGUGUUGGAGUAUUAGAGCUUGCAUAUAUGGACCUACCAGCGCUCUUGCCCGAUACUUUCUUUGGAUUGACUCGCAUAGGUCAUCUAGCGUUGAGAGAAUCUGACUUAGGUAUAAUAAAAGUCGGUGCUUUCGAUGGCUUACGCCGGGUCGAAACACUGGAAAUGUGUAACAACAAAAUUGAUGGAAUCGAGGAGCUUUCAUUAAUACAAAAUAACAGCGUCCAUACUUUUAAACUGACUGGUAAUCAUAUGCUGGAAACCCCCGAAGCAGUGGUGCUGGAGGUAGAGAACAUUGUUAUACGGGGGAACCAUUUGCCAUGCGAGUGUGGUCGUGAUCCUCUAACGAAUCCAUUGGCCCUUAUGCCAGAUUUUGCAGAUGAGAAUUUAUGUAUAUCUCCGCUUAAAGUUCGCGGGCGUAGCUUGGCGAGUGCAGCGGGCGCGGCGUGCAAGGGUGAGGGCGGCGGGAGCGCUAGGGCGCGGGCUGCGGCCGGCGCGAGCGCUGGGCGGGCGCUAGCUCCUCGACUCGCCUUCACACUGUCUACGUUCGCUUUCCUUGCUAACAGU